CACUACUACAUCUUGUGUGCACACACUGCUGACAGCUCGAGAGAAGAUCGUCACGAGUUCGCAACUUCUUGGGCGCCCCCACAGAUUCUCAGCUCUCAUCCCUGUUAAAAGUGUUCAAAGAAGCAAGCUCGCAGACCUUCAGCAUUGUUCUAUCUAGUUGCUAGAUUCAAUUACGAGCAGUACUGCACCGUCUUCCUGUGGUAUUGUCCUCAUGGUUGGACACAACCAAUUGAAUUGAAUUGAGUUGGUCAGCUGCCCAGGGUGGCUGCUUAUCGAUCAGUGCCAGGGAUCAGUGUCGGCGGUUCUGGUGAUACUGUGAUACAGCAUAGUGGCACAGCAUCUUAAAAAGUUGUGUCUUACCCGUUUGGUUGUUGCAAGCUGAUACCUUAUUGCAGAUAAUUGAGAGACUAGGAAAACGCAUUUUGUUGUCUGAAUCCGUCAAUUUGAAUUGGGUGGUGCCCGCUGAGGGACGUCGUACAAGCAGCUUGUCAGCUCUUUGGAGCGAGCAGUAUGAUUGAAGUCAUCCUAAACGACCGGUUGGGGAAGAAGGUGCGGGUCAAGUGCAACGAGGAUGACACGAUAGGGGACUUGAAGAAGCUGGUGGCCGCUCAAACGGGCACAAGGCCAGAAAAGAUCCGGAUACAGAAGUGGUACACCAUCUACAAAGACCACAUAACACUGGGUGACUAUGAGAUUCACGAUGGGAUGGGCCUGGAAUUGUACUACAACUAAACUCUGAUUGCGUAAGAACCCAGAUACAUUCUUGGCUGUUUCAGUUAGACAUCUGGCUGCCACACUACAAAAGAGGAGCUCCUUCAACUGUAAGCGGUUUGUGGGGCCAAGGAUGUCAAAGUCGAUCUGGGAGCGCCUCAAAAACAGAUGUUUUGGUGACCAGAAAGAGCUCUUGGGAGGAACUCCAAUGGACAUGAAGAAGUCUAGUCAAGCUACAGAAUUGCUCGACAUCCUCAUGUAGCUAAUAGUGAAAGAGGAGCUUUAGCUAGUUCCGCCACUGCUGGCGUAUCGAAGGCUAGUAAUGGCCCACGUUUUAGAAAUUCACCUCACCUUACUGUCCGUGUGGGCCAUCCGAGUGAUGCUCUCUCAGAAAAAGAUUGUACACCAGCCAGCUGGGUCCCUUUGCAUCCCCUGCAAUUGAGUUUGUAAUUGCCUCCUGAACUUUCGAUACAUCCAUAUUGAAAACUUGUCAUUUCUUCACGAGUUUCUAAGCACGUGUCUAUUCAGUC